UCAAAUCGGGCUCUAAAAAUUUUAUUUAUUUAGUUUACAUUUGAUGUUAAUUUGCACGUAGCUGUUCAGAGAUAUUCUUACAUGAUUAUUAUAAUUUAAACAUAAAGGUCGUAAUUGUACUACAAUUUUAUUGUGUUUUACGUACUAAAUGCAGGUUUUCUAAAGGUGGGGCUUACCACGGGCUUACUCUAGGUACCUAUCACCAACGUUUGUCGUGUUAUUAGUGCCCUACAUUUACAUACCUUUACAAAUGGAAGAAAGUUGUGUGCUUAAAUCAUUUCUUUUUAAAGGAGUGACUUAAUAUUAUAUAUUCAAUUUCACAUUAAUAUGGUGUUUGUUUAAGAAAAAAACUGUUAUGUAUACUUUGAUAGAGAUUCUUUUAAGCCUCGGAGUGCUUGCCACUCUUGUCACCGUUUUAUCGGCCUGUGUUUGCGGUUGCAAAAAUUCUAAUCAGAAAAGUGAGUUGGUUGGCACAGCCGGAGUGGUCAAAAUCCAUUUGGAUGAGGAGGCCCCAUCUCCAACACCGACCACUCCAGCAUCUAUUAAGCGGGCAUCAACACAAAACAGCCAGAGGAGUCUUCCGGAAAUCCCACAUCCAGUUGGAAGACAUGACAGUGGUGAUACAGCAUCAGAAAUAUAUGCAACUGUCAACUUGGAUGAAGGUAAUAAGGUUGCCGCAACUGCGUCGUCGAGCAGAGAUCACCCGUAUGAACAUGCAUAUGCCAAGUUGCAGAAUGAAAGCCAUAACAUAACUGUAGAAAUAACAACUGAUCCAGAAGAUGUGGAAAUCCAGAUUGACGAACGAGAAGCGACAACAUCCGCGGCUGAAUCGGCUCCAAUAUCAGCAUCAGUAGCAAUAAGUGGUCAGCUACCGUCGAGCCAAGAGUUACCGUACAUCACCCCACCGUCGCCCAGGCCAGCUGAAACUACGCACUUUAGCGGCGACUCUACUGACUCCGCUAAGGGUUACACUAGUAUAUCGGUUCGAGAGCCACUCAGUAAUAUAAGAGCACAGAGCAUCAAGCCGCCCUUGCAACCCCACUAUGCCACCGUUUCUGAUGACUCAGAUGAAAUGUACGCAGCGAUCGAAGAGGCGAGCGUGGGCGAGGGGUCGGACACGUACGCCCAGAUCCCUGACCCCCGCACGCGGCGGACCCCCAACCCCGCGGUGACCCCUGCAACCCCCGCCACUGCGUCGACACACCACCUUGCGCCCGCCGCCAACACGGUGACGCACGAAGUGGCCAUACAUAGCAGGAGAAGCGCACCACCUGAAAUUGGUGCUUCCACUUCAAAUACAACACAUUCUCGGCAAGCAUCAAUGUCGUCAUGUUCGAACUCAGCGGGUGCGCUGGGCUCGCCGAAGCCGGAGAAGCGCCAGGCCAACUCGCCGCUACCCCCACCGCCCGACACCAAACACCAUCGCAUCUCUAGCGCAGGUGACCUGCACUUCAAUCACGACAAGCUUAGAAGAAGUCUCAACGAGAAGCACCAACGUAACAACAGCUGCGUCAGUUCCUCCGACUUCUACGGUUGUAACUAUCCCGUGGAAAAACAUCGAUUCAGUUCUGGCGACUUGAUACGGCCUCUUGUUGCGAAGGAAUUAAAUUUCGAUAUAGAUCAGAAGGAAAAUAACACUGAUAAUCUGUACAAUUCCAUAGAUGGCCCCGGAUUCAGCGACUAUUCAUCAGCCGACGCAAACACGAGUAUAAAUUCUGAAAGAGCAACAGAAAGCCCCUCUCGAAACGUCGAAGAAAUGUAUGCGAAAGUUUUAAAGAAAACCAAAGCGAAGGAAGAAGCGACAAGAAAAGUGAAAGAUGACACAGAUAAGAACACGUUAAAGUUCCGCGGCGACGAUCCGGGGUAUGAGACGAUAGAUAGAAAACAGUCAGUGAACCACGGCUAUGAAACCAUAUCGAGAAAAGAACGGAAGAGUUCACAGAAUCAAGACCCUGGGUACGAAACUGUCAAAGAUAUCAAUAAUAUCGGACAAACUUCAAGCUUUACAAACAAUAAUUUAUUAAAAGUGAACCAUCUUAUGUCUGAUAGUGGACCAAAUAGCAUAAUAAGUAGCGACCCGGGAUACGAACAUAUAUCGAAAACAGAUAAUAAUGCGUCAGACUCGGAUCCCAAUUACGAAGUUUUAAGGAACCAAUCACCGACGCCGCCAUACGCAACAAUAGCUUCUAAUUAUAAAGUACAACCUACUUAUUCUACUGUUAAUAAGAGAUCGGGUAAAUACAACAGUUUGCCUAACAACAAUGAUGAAGCGGCCAUUGAACCGAAUUAUGAAUCGAUGACCAAUGACCCCAUUUACACAACUGGAAGUGAAUCUGACCCCAAUUAUGAAUCGGUUAGACCCAAAGAGCCAAACUAUGAAAGUGUUAAUACUCACGAUCCUAAUUAUGAAUCCUUGAGGUGUAAGGAUCCAAAAUACGAGUCGGUUCGCUCCAACAACUCGAGGUAUGACUCGGUUCGGUCUAAAAAGGAUCCGAACUAUGAAAGUGUUAAAUAUUUUGAGCUAUCAAAAAAAGAUCCGCCUUACGAAAAAGUUCACAACCAAACUAACAACUCUAGUAUCGACAGAUCGGAUUCCUCAGCGGGCUACGAGAGAAUCAACAUUUCGAACAAUAGAGAACCCAAGAGCAGUAUUAACAAUGGUGCCGAUUGCACUGUCAGUGAUUACUUCCAAGUUUAAUACCAAAAUGUGUUUAUAUUUAUAAUUGAUAAACAAUCAUUUUAGGGUAAUAUUUUUGAAUGAUAUACCUGGGUAGUAAUUUGAGAUUGUAUGCUUUUUAUUUAUUUAUGCGAUGUUUUUAUGAAUACUUUUUACAAUUAAUUAGGACCUUAUUAUCGACGAUUUGCCAUACUGCGUAGAAUGGCUAGUAAAUAUUGUGCGUGGGAGAUUUGAAAAGUAUUAGGAAAAUUAUUAAUGUUUUAAACCAAGGAAGUGAAUUAUAAAAUGAUGUACCUACUCAAGUAAUAGACGCGGAUAUAUUUGCAGUUUCACAACCGUGACCUUGGUCAUGACGGUGUGAAAAUUCUCUUCCUUAGAAAUCUGUGAUAUAUAUGUGGAUAUUAUUUGACUCAAUUUUGGUUUUAUUACCUCAAAAUUAUAACUGGUUGAACAUGAUUUUUCCGUUUGGAAUUUGUAAUCUCCAUUUUAUUAGUGUGUUCAUAACUAUAUAAUUAUACACGGCUAAUAUUUAAGAGUGUACUUUAUGUACAAACUUAGAAUGUAUAUAAAUGCUACUAAGAUUAUAUAGGUAAAUAGUGUAAUAACUUUUAUUAAAAUGAAUGAGUAUGACACAUAGUGUCCUUAAUAAUGAGCCUCAGUCCAGUCCUUAUAUAAUAAUUUUAUAUAAUGCCUAUGUAUAGCAACUCGCCAUUAUUUUAAAUGAUAAUAAUUCACAAUAAUUUAUGUAACAUGACGGGUACACGCACAAGAGCUACUAUGCAUUUGAAAAAUAUCCAUUCCGAUUUUGAUUUCAAUUUUAUUUCGACGAGAUGAUUCAAAUGUAUGAAAUAUGGAAAUAUAAGUAUUAUUCGUAAUGGUGAUUCUAAUAAUAUAUUUUCUAGUUGUGUAAGUUAUGUUUUAUCAAUGUUAUGUUUGUUAUUUUUAUAACAUUAGAAUGUUAAUUUUCUUUAGAAAAUAUUUGAUCGUGAGUGCAUUAUGGUAAAUAUGAUGUAUAAGUAUAGUACCUGAAAAAUAAUUACAUAUAAACACUGUUAAGGAAAACGACGUAAAUGAAAGAAGAAACGUACUUAUUUUGAUAUUUUUGUUGAUAACUCACGGCUUACUAGCUUUUUAAGCUUUGAAUAACGCUGUUUUCAAAAUAUAUAAUUAAUACAUAAUUUUUUACUUUAACACAUGUUAUAGUUAAUUGAUAUAUCAUGAACUUCGCGGUUUACAUGUUAGAAAGCUAAAAAAUUUUUAAACAAUAAUAAUCUUUUAAUAUAAAUCUUUGUAACACAUUCACUUAAUAUUAUCUAACUAGACUUAUUAUAUGAAUAUUUGUGAUAGUAUAUUAUGGAAAUGUAUUUGAUACAAUAUUGUUCAGAUAAGUAUAUUAUGAAUCAAAACAAUUUCAUAAAGCAUUUCACAAGUAU